CAAAACACCACAACUGACCGCCAAACUUCCGUACUUCAAUUCUCCUUCUCCCAUUCAUUCAACAAAAAGUCAAGAUGGCAGAUUACCCACCACUCGACCAACGGCCUAUGGCCAACACCAUCGUCCUCUUUGACGUCGACGAAACCCUCACCAUUCCCCGCCGUGUACGAGACCCCUCUCAAGCUCCCAAAACUAACCAGCUAACAUCUCCCUCAGUCAGCAACUCCAGAAAUGCUCCAACUCCUGCACGCCCUGCGCCAAAAAGUAGCAAUCGGAUUCGUCGGCGGAUCCGACCUCGCAAAACAGCAAGAACAGCUCGGCACCUCCUCCAUCCCCGUUACCACCAUGUUCGACUUCUGCUUCUCGGAAAACGGUCUCACAGCCUACAAAUCUGGUGUCCCAUUAGCGUCGACGUCGUUCAUAAAAUGGCUCGGGGAGGAUAAGUACAAGAAGUUGGUGAAGUUUGUGCUGCAUUAUAUUGCGGAUUUGGAUAUUCCUAUCAAGCGGGGGACGUUUAUGGAGUUCCGCAAUGGGAUGAUUAAUAUUAGUCCUAUUGGACGUAAUGCGAGUGUGGUGGAGAGAAAUGAGUACCAGAAAUAUGAUGAGGAGCAUAAGAUUCGGGAGACGCUGGUGGGAAUUUUGAGGGAGAAAUUUGCGGAUUAUGGAUUGACGUGCGAUUACCUCAUGAAAUUUUGUAUGUGCUGGACUAAUGUUAUAAAGAUUCUCUAUCGGUGGCCAGAUUUCCUUUGAUGUCUUCCCUAAUGGAUGGGAUAAGAGAUUCUGCUUGAAUCACCUCGAGGCUGAGGCGAAGAAACCUGGUGGAAUUGAAUACACUACUAUUCACUUCUUUGGAGACAAGACGGCGCAGGGAGGAAAUGAUUAUGAGCUUUACUCGGAUCCAAGGACGAUUGGCCACUCUGUUAAGAAUCCAGAAGAUACCUAUAGACAGGUUAAGGAAAUGUUUGGCAUUUGAAGUGGUAAGGAAAAGCGGCUGGUCUUUUGGGAGAGAGAGCAGACAAGAGCAACUAGAUACCUUUCAUGAAAUAAAGCGGAUACCAAGAAAGUCAAUCAUGCAUCUGAUUUCAACUCAGAUCUUCUCUAUUGGUUUAU